GGGUCCAGCACGAGCCCCCUCGGCCGCCGCCGCCGCCGCCAUCGCCAUCAUGGAGGACAAGGUGUUCUCGAAGGAGCUGGACCAGUGGGUGGAGCAGCUGAACGAGUGCAAGCAGUUGAACGAGAACCAAGUGCGCACGCUCUGCGAGAAGGCUAAGGAAAUCCUCACAAAAGAAUCCAACGUCCAGGAAGUUCGUUGUCCCGUCACUGUCUGCGGUGACGUCCACGGCCAAUUCCACGAUCUGAUGGAGCUCUUCAGAAUUGGUGGGAAGUCGCCAGACACAAACUAUCUCUUUAUGGGUGACUAUGUGGACAGAGGUUAUUACUCAGUGGAGACUGUGACUCUUCUUGUAUCACUAAAGGUGCGCUACCCAGAGCGGAUCACGAUACUGAGGGGAAAUCACGAGAGCCGGCAGAUCACCCAGGUGUACGGCUUUUACGACGAGUGCCUGAGGAAAUACGGCAACGCCAACGUUUGGAAAUACUUCACGGAUCUGUUUGACUAUCUCCCGCUCACGGCGCUGGUGGAUGGACAGAUAUUUUGCCUCCAUGGUGGCCUUUCUCCGUCCAUCGAUACACUGGAUCAUAUCCGAGCCCUGGAUCGCCUGCAAGAAGUUCCACACGAGGGCCCGAUGUGUGACCUGUUGUGGUCUGAUCCCGAUGAUCGUGGCGGAUGGGGCAUUUCUCCACGAGGGGCUGGCUACACAUUUGGACAGGACAUUUCUGAAACGUUCAACCAUGCCAACGGCCUCACGCUGGUUUCCCGUGCUCACCAGCUCGUGAUGGAGGGGUACAACUGGUGCCACGAUCGGAACGUGGUCACCAUCUUCAGUGCACCCAAUUACUGCUAUCGCUGUGGGAACCAGGCGGCUAUCAUGGAGUUAGAUGACACUUUAAAAUAUUCCUUCCUGCAGUUUGACCCUGCGCCCCGUCGUGGAGAGCCCCACGUCACACGGCGCACCCCGGACUACUUCCUAUAAACAGCUUUGGGGAAAACCUAGGACAAAUACCUGGAGGUACACUCGGCAUCUUUUUUACAAAGCGAUGAGAACAGACAUGUUUGUUAACAAGUUGGAAUCCGUGUCUGCCUCUACGCCCAUCACGGACCAAACUGUGCCCUCGUGUGCUCGGCACUGAGCAAGCCCACUGAGGCUGAAAGCCACCCCGCCCCGUCUUAGGUCGGUCAGUCAGUCAAUCAGCCUGCCUGCUGUAUUUGGGCUCCCUGUUUUCUUCUGGACUGUUCAACAGAAAAGGUAACUCAUACCUCCAUCUCCUUUUGCGCUUAUUAAUAUGUAAAUUUUAGUUUUAGUGUUUAACUGGCAUGGAUUAUAGAAUUUGGAGUUUAUUUUUAAAGAAAAUGCACAAACUAACUUUGACAUAACUCAUCACCCUUUAUUUUAUUAAAAUGUAUGAUUAACUUAACUGGAGAAAGGCGAAGAUUCCCCUUGGGAGUAUGUUGUCAUAACAUUGAGAGAUUUCCCUUCAUUGAAGCUAAAUGACUGUUCUGUGUUGAUCUCCCUUUUUUUCUGUAUAUUUGUCACAGAAGUGCUUGCAUCUUCUUGGGUGUAUUGGAACAAUAAACUUUUGAGUUGUAAACCAGACUGUCCUGAA